AUGGAUAGAGUUCUUCAACCUCCUUUGGUUGAUACUACUGCAUGUUUAUGUAGAGUAGAUACAGGGCUUAGAACUGUUGCUGGAGCAAAGAAGUAUGUUCCUGGAACCAAGCUCUGUCUUCGGCCUGAUAUAAAACCGUCUAUUCACCCUACUAGGAACAAGCCAGCACGUGGUGACAGAAGCCGCAAUCAAUCCCCGUUACUACCAGGACUUCCGGAUGAUCUUGCUAUUGCUUGCCUAAUCCGAGUCCCUCGUGUUGAACACCGUAAACUUCGGCUAGUCUGCAAAAGAUGGUAUCGACUUUUGGUUGGUAACUUCUUUUACUCUCUGCGCAAGAGUAUUAGACUUGCUGAAGAGUGGAUAUAUGUCAUCAAGAGAGACCGAGACGGGAAAAUCUCAUGGCAUGCUUUUGAUCCUGUGUACCAACAAUGGCAGCCCCUGCCUCCUGUUCCUAAAGAAUAUUCCGGAGCUCUUGGUUUUGGAUGUGCUGUUCUGAAUGGCUGUCACCUAUACUUGUUUGGUGGGAAGGACCCUCUUAAGGGAUCCAUGAGACGUGUGAUUUUUUAUAGUACUAGAACAAAUAAAUGGCACCGUGCCCCGGACAUGCUUCGUAGGCGGCAUUUCUUUGGCUCCUGUGUUAUAAACAAUUGUCUAUUUGUGGCUGGUGGGGAGAAUGAAGGUGUACAUCGGUCCUUGAGGUCAGCUGAAAUGUACGAUCCCAACAAAAACCGAUGGUCAUUUAUUUCAGAUAUGAGCACUGCAAUGGUUCCUUUCAUUGGAGUUGUCUAUGACAGGAAGUGGUUCCUUAAGGGACUUGGUUCUCAUCGACAGGUUCUUAGCGAGGUCUAUCAGCCAGAGAAUGAUAGUUGGUGCCCUAUUCAAAACGGAAUGGUUUCUGGCUGGAGGAACCCUAGCACUACUCUUAACGGAAAGCUUUAUGCUUUAGACUGCAAGGAUGGCUGCAAACUUAGGGUUUACGAUGACGCCACUGAUUCGUGGAGCAAGCAUAUUGACAGUAGAAUGCAUUUGGGAAGCUCACGGGCUUUGGAGGCUGCUGCUCUCGUCCCCCUCAACGGGAAACUCUGUAUUAUCCGAAAUAAUAUGAGCAUUUCUCUAGUUGAUGUUUCAAAACUCGAAGAUUUGAAAGGAUCUUCUGCUGAACAGUUAUGGGAAACUAUUGCAGGGAAAGGACAUUUCAAAACCUUGGUCACAAAUCUGUUAUCUAGCCUUGCUGGUAGAAACCGACUCAAAACUCACAUAGUUCACUCUCAGGUUCUUCAAGCUUAA